AUGCGGCCAUCACUCGUCCUCCGGACGACUCAACAUCGGACACCCAUGAUCAAAUUCAUUGGCAAACGAACGCCACCUAAAUCAAUAGACCACACGCCACAUGCCCAUCCAGCAUCUCCCACACCAUCUCUGCCAGACAGUUUUGCAGCCUAUCGAUCCAAAGCCCAACAACAUGGACCACUCAGCGGCCAACAAAGGAACAGCUUCUCUUCCUCCCCUUUCUCCGCACCCACAUCGAGCCCCAUGACCUACGGCGCCAUCGGCGGCACACCAGGACGCUCUUUAGGCCCCAUCCAGCCAAAGAAAGGCGAAUAUUUUGACCGAAGUGAGCUCCCCAAGAGAUUCUGGCGAGCACAAUGGACGGAGGAGGAGAUCGAGGCCGUGAGCAGCGGUGGAGCGAGUAUGUUUGCUUAA